CCCCGCCACCUCGGCCACGCUGCCAGUGGAACUUGACGUCUGCUUCAACGCGGUGUGUCUCUCUUCUUGUGCCGCACCCUUCUCCACCGAGGCCGAUGAGGUGAUCCGCCAGACACUCUCAAGAGGUGAACCUUUCUCCUUAUUGCUGCAGUGGGUCCAAUAAGACUGGAGGCAGAUCGCUUGAGGCAACACGUUUAUUUAAUACAACUGCGUGAUACACGGGUCCCUACCCGAUACCUGGGGAGGUAUAGCCGCCCGGGCUAGCGUGCCCUAUCAACUGGGGCUACGUACUCUCAGCCCUCCGGCUAAGGGGUCCUAGGGGAGGCUAGCUGACCCGACCCAGCCAAGGUCCUCGGGUCCUGACCACUGGCCCACUCGGUCCCGGUCCUUAGAAGGACGUCGGGUCCGGGGGUUCCCAGGGUCCUAGCCUAGCUGGUCUUCUUUCUUCAGCUUGACGAAGGCUACCGGACUCGUCCAGAGGUCCGGCUUUUAUACCCGUGCCAGGGUCUCUCCGCCCCUGGCCACACCCUCCUUCUGGAACUCUCUCGGGGGCUCUGGAAUAUCCCCCCAGCCCAUCUCUUGGGGCUGGGAGAACAUCGUGUCCCAAUGGCCUGACUCAUCCUACCCAUCCUGAGUUAGCACCCCCUAUGGACACGUCUACUACUACAGUCCUGCAGGUGUCCUGCACCAGGGUUGAGGCGCCGUUUGAGGUGGACGCAUGGUCGGCCGCGAUGAAUUGGGCAGCAGACAGGGAGGCAGCACGGGGUCUGGGCCAGUUGCUCACCUUGCAGGCCUUUCUCUGGCUGCUCCGAAAGGAGGUGGAGAGGGCCACUUCUCUGCUGUCGCUUACCAAGAAGGCUGAGAGUAUGGAAGGAGUCUCGGACAGCAACAAUGUCUCAAUGGAGUCACCCGUGGCAUGUGUACCAAGUGGCCCUCUCCAAUAUCAGUCGUCUGGUGUCAGCCACACCGUCCUGGACCCCGAGAGCAUAAUUCAGGCUCUGUCAACAUGGGAGGCUCUCAUGAAAGGUAAUGCGCUCUGUGUCGAGGAGAAGUGGCUGGACGCUUUGGACAUUCUCGAGGGAGUUUCCCAGCGCUGCACGUCCCGCCGAUUCCUGGCCCUGGCGCAGAACCUCAUGGCUCGCUGCUUUCAUUCCCUCGGAAAAGUUAAUCUGGCCAUGGUGCUCUACAGACGCUGCGUGGAGACUGAUGCACGCCAUCUGUCGGCGAUCUACGGGCUCUCCCUGCUCUUUCGUCGGCUCGGAAGGGCGAGCGCAGAGCUCCAGGCACUGGUUCUGCUCUCUAGCGCUACAGGUUUACAGGCUGCGGAGAAAGAGGCUGAGGAUAUGGGGGGAGACUCAGUUUAUUUGUUGGGGCAGGGCCCAGAGGCGUUGCUCUGCCAGUCAGUUGUACACGUUGCUGAGCACCUGGAGCCCACUGGAGCACUUUACCUGUUAGCCAGCAGAAGCCGCCAGUUGCUCAGGUUGGAGGAAGCGGUAGAAAGAUAUGAAGAGUUAUUGGCUCUGCUGUCAGAUUCUGCUGCUGUGCAGGUAGAAGACGUAGGCCUGACCGUUCCUAGGAUCCCUGCAUUGUACCUUGAACUAGCCUCUACCUUUCUGCAUCUGAGGAAACACGACAGAGUUAUUGCAAUUUGUGACGAUGUAAUCAGCAAAACCAGCUGCACGAUCCCGCAAAAGCUGGUUCUGGAUAUGAGGAGAGGCUCCGCAGAAAUGGUGCUCCAUGUUGCCCAUUUGAACCCUCCCCGGGAGGCAGAAGACCCUGUCCUUUCAGCUUUUUUCAGAGAUUCACCCGGAGGUGAAAAUUCAAGCUACCCACAAACAGUAACUUGGGACAUCGGCAACAGUAGUGUCUGCUCUUUUGCAGAUUCGAAGCAGGAUUUGGCCGACGUGAGGUCGCGUGGGCGGUUGUCCGGGCGUUGGGCCGAGUUUGGCUGGCUCUGGGGCGACGAGCGGACGACAACGUUGCCCGCGGGAGGAGGCGCCCGCUUCAGCAUGGGGAGCCACCGCGUGCGGGAGAGUCUGCACGCCGCCCUGUGGACGGUGUCUGCGCGGGUCCUGCGCGCAGCCGCGCUGCUUGGGCUCGGCAAGGCGGACGAGGCCCUCCGGGAAUUCGACAGGUCGACCGAUGAGCUCUUCAAAGUUACCGUCAUUCCCAGCCCACUUAACAAAGAUUGCUCCGUUCGGCGGGAGUUGCCACUGGAAGAGCUGGCACUGAAUCUUCUCAAGAGCCUGGUGUUUGAUGGCAUCGCAGGAUGCUUGGAGACCAUGGGCAGGGACACAGAUGCACUGCAGUACUACUUGUGCAGCCUGCAGGCGAAUCCUGGUGGGGUGCACAGCAUGUACGGCCUGGUGCAGCUACUGAGCAAGCUGAACAGGAAGGGGGAAGCAGUCGCACACUGGCUGAGCUUUAGGGGCCUCUUGGACGGUGACAGGCAGAUUAAUCCCAAGGGACAAAGUCUCACGGCUAUUCCUGACCUUGGGCCCUACAACUACGUGCCAGAGCAAGCGAAGGUGCCGAGUGAGGGAGAGCUGCUGGAGCUGGACCGGGACUUCUUGCUGCGCUGGGACGGCUACAGCUCGGAGGAGCGGAAAAUCCUGCGCACGUUGGCUACCGGAUUGUCGCCGUUGUCCAACUAAGCGCAAGUUAUUCUCAUACGUCUACUUCCUGCUGCUAGACAAGGGCGUGGGAGCCCUUGAGCAGUGGGUCACGUGAGGUUUGUGUAAAUGCAUGCGAUUGAAUGAGAACGUGAUUGUGUUAUUACUGGACUGGCAGAGCCCCGCUGAUACAUAGUAAAACGGCACGUCAGUGUCCGUACAGUUUAAUGCCGCGUCCUUUAACGACAUAAAAGCUCAUUGACAUUCGUUACAAGCAACACCUAGAUAUCCGUUCUUGCACAGAGACACUUGCGAUAACAAGUUGGGGCACAUCAGCAUUUUACGUAACAAGUGAGACAUUUCAACUGCAGCAGGGCGAUUGAAGUCGUCAUCUGUCUGAAAUUCCACACCAUUCCGAUAGGGUUAUGUAAACUCCCACCCCAUGGGCGGGGAGGGGCAACGGAGGGCAGUGAACAACCGAACCGAAGUGCGAACUUGUGCCCGUUGCCGCUUUGCAGGUAGGUAUUCGAGUUAGCAAUUAAAUGUCCACAUGAUAAGCCACUUUGUUGAGCUAUCAUUUGUGGCCCGGUUGCUUCUGAAAAAUAAAUUAAUAGUUCAGUUGGCUUGACCUGGUAAGAUUAAAAAAAAAUGUU